AUGCUCGGCGGGGGCUCCCCUCAGGUCGCCCUGUCGUACCAGAUCUGGCUCCGUGAUGUGCCUGGCCCUGGUAGCGGGCGCCUGGCUGCAGCGGCUGCCCACAGGUCCACCUGCCUGCGGCUGAUGGCGAUGGUGGUCACUGGCUGGGGUUCAAGGGUUGCUGACUUCGCCACGCCAUCCGCCGCAUCAUUCCCAGCGUGGUCGAUGUGGCUCGGAAUCCAGUUGAUUGUUGCUUGCUAUACAUGGGGUCCUUUCCUGAUAAUUACACCUGCUUCUACUCUACAUAACUGGACUGGUGAAAUAGCCAGAUUUGUGCCCAGUUUCCAGGUAGUUCCAUAUUGGGGUAAUCCUGAAGAACGUAAAAAUCUUCGAAAGUUUUUUGAUGGCAAAAAUCUUGGAACAAGGGAGGCUAGUUUCCAUAUAGUAGUAACCAGUUAUCAGAUUGUUAUUCAAGAUUUCAAGUUUUUGAACCGCUUAAAGUGGAACUACAUGGUUCUUGAUGAAGCCCAAGCCAUCAAAAGCAUUAACAGUCAGAGAUGGAAGCUGCUGCUAGGGUUCAGCUGCAGGAACCGCUUGCUGUUGUCAGGGACAACCAAUCCAGAAUAGCAUGGCUGAACUUUGGGCUUUGCUACACUUUAUUAUGCCCACACUCUUUGACUCACAUCUGUGGUUUAAUGAAUGGUUUAGUAAAGAUAUUGAAGGACAUGUAGAAAACAAAACCCAUGUUGAUGAAAGUAAGUAUGUUCCUCAUGAUACUGUGUUAUGGUAAAAUACUUUAACCAGUCUUCAUAUUGGCAUUUGUGUGCAUUAAAGUUCUCAUAUU